AUGUCCUCAAGCCCUACGCUGGGAGCCUACUUCCACAACACUCCACCGGGCACUAUGCCUGCGGCCACCAGCACCCCUACUGAAGAUGUAAUGUCCGCCCCACGGCCCACACGGCUUGUCGAGGAGACCGACAUGGAGCUCCAGGUGGACUACAUUCGAUCAGGCGUUUUGGUAGAUUGGUUUGCCAUGCAUCGAGAUGUUCUUUGCGGAGACGGCACCAGGGAGAAGGAGAACGCCUGGUCCGACCUGUGGGAGCUCUUCGAGACUUGUAGGUGGCUGUGCGCCCGUUCUGAGACCUGGGAAGCUCGCUUCGGAACGAAUUUCAAGGAACUCCUCCGAGUCAGGGAACGGCUGGGGUUGCCAAACGAGUGGCAGGGCACGGUGUGGGUGUCAUCCGACGCCACCACUUCAGUGAUCGGAGCGGUCGAUUGGACCUUCAAAAUGGCCGCAAGAGCAGAAGUCUCCGACCUCGAACCGUGGUUGAAAGGGGUGGCAGAGCAAGAGAUGCAGGACGACGUCAACAUGCGGGCGCACAUCUCGGAGAUGUUGUCUCUGGUGGUGUUCAUGUGCGAGCGGGGGCCCGACUGGAAAGGAAAAGUGGCGCUCUACGCCGGGGACAAUUCGACCGUGAGGCAAUGGGUAUGCAAGAGGCAAAGUGGGUCACGAGCCGGCCGGUUGUUGGUCAGAGUCAUCAAUCUCUGUGAGAUGAACUAUGGGUUCACGUUGGUCGGGGCGUGGUGGAGGACUUACCACAACACGGACUCAGACUUCAUCACCAGGUGCGAGGAGGGGGAGUUCGUGAAGUUCCUGGAGCAGAAGGGGUGGACCAAUGUUGACCUCGGCCCAGCCAUCUUCCGUGCCAUCGAGGACACUGAACGAUUUGGACCCUGCUUCCUGUCAUGGAAGGACCCCGAAGAUCGCCAAACGAUGAUGCAGCUGAAGGAGCAAAGGCUCAAACGAUUUGUUGACCGCCCGGUGGGCAUCCCGUGGGAUCGUAUGGAGGUCGUCGAGCUGGCAUGCCAAGACCGAUGGGUGAGGGACUUCGACCUCCUGGAGAGCCAGCAUUGGGGAGAAGGACUCAGCAGGGUCAAGGUGGUGCUGGCUACGAUCCCCGUCGACUCGAAGGGCAUGGAGGAUGCGGGGCUAAAAACCAUCCAGUUCGAGUUCGUGUCCACGGAGUUAGGCGAAGUCCUGGCCCGCAGGACCCAGGAGGAGUGGGACCGCCUUAGGGCGGAAGGUCGCAACGAGGAGGAGAUCUACGAGCACGCCAACCGGGCAACAGGAGCCUUGGGAGGAGAGAUUCACGACAUGUCCAUGGCGAAACUACUGUGGCAUGGCUGCGAAAGUGGAAGAGGCUUCAGUUCGGGCCAGGGCUACGUGGAGACGGAGAUGGUCGCGAGUCGGACAACAGGUCGAGGAGUGGCUGGAAGAGAACAUCGCUGGGAGCAAAGCAGUGAGCACGCUCAAGAUGUACCAUCAGCUUGGGCGAAGUGGGAGGCUUGGGCAACUCGACAGGGGUGGGCAACGUGCUUCCUCAACAUCCGCGCGGACAAGCUCGAGAACGAGAAUCGCAUCCUCGCCUUCCUCGGCUACCUGGGAUGGUUGGGAUCUACAGCAGCUACCAUCAAGCAGGCCCUCUUCGCGGUGAAGGACGGGCACAAGCGAGGCGGAGCAGGUGACCGCACGGAAGGCAUGUUCAGGGUGUGGAUGCUGGUAGGGUCACUGGACCGUCAUGUGGACCGAAAACCUCGCAGGUUGGGAGUGACCCCAGGCAUGUUGGUCUGGAUCGGGAAGCACCUAUGCGAGGACGAUCUGUUUGGCGAGGACAAGGUCGACAAGGCGAUGGUUCAGGCCGCAUUACUGGUGGCCUGGUUCUUCAUGCUGCGAGCCAAGGACUCCGUGGCAAGUCAGACCCGGAAACCUUCGGCCAGCGGUGAGAUCGAGCUGGUCAAGCGCAUGGGAAGGUGGAGCAGCUCAGCAGUCCAAAGAUACUUCUAUGACGGAGGAGAGGUGUUGAAACAGCUUUCUGGCAAGAUGGCCCGGGUCAGCCAGACAAUUCACUACACGUGA